GCAGCUAUUGUCGAUUAAUUCUAACUGGUCUUAAGUAAGAGGGCUACAUUAAUUUCCCGUUAUGCAUUUAAUUCUGUCGAAGACUUACCAGGACGUGGCGAGAGAUCGCCGAGCUUGAGCCUGAAGAUCUUUGUUAUUCAAAAACCACAACAUUCAAACGUUGACUAUUAUUAUAAUCAAGCCGGUCGAUUAAGAUGCGGAGCUAUCUUCUAUUCAUCCUAACACUUGCUGUAGUAGUGCAUUCUGCGUCUCGCCAUCAAACACCUGAAGAGUCGGCGCGCCAGCAAAACGACCCACGCUUCCAUGACAGGGCGUACCAUGGCCUGCCUUGGGAAGAAUACAGCAAGCAAGGAUUCUUUCCGCGAGAGGCCUUUCCUCCCACGCUUACAUCCGUCGACCUCGUGCCAACUAGAACUGUUCCAAUAAGUUUAAUGCGUCGCGCCUCGUUCGACGCGAACGGCUGCGCUUUGGAUGGACCACUUAAUUGCUUUACAUUUACUUGCCCUACUAGUAUACAAGUAUGUGUUUUCAAUACAUCGUUACUAUUACAUGCUAAGUAUCAGUGCUUUGACGGUGGUUGCUGCCCUCUUGGGAAGUACUGCGGCAUUAAAAAUGGACAAUUUGGAUGCUGCCCGUUGGCCGGUCCACCAUGCGACACCGAUCCGAUCCCAAGAUGCUCAGUCUCCUGCUACGGAAUAUGCUGCGACCUAGUUCAGGACAUCAUUGGAGAGCCCGUCUGCAGUCCAACAGUUGGCGGUGAAGGCCAAGCAUCCGGCCUCUGCACUGGUGUUGGACCCAGCAGUCCUUUAUACACCCCGUUAACCAGUUGUCCCGCAAAUGAGAUUUUGUGUGGCGAUGCAUGCUGCCCUGGCGGCGGAGGGCUGAUUUGCGAUAAUACUAGUAUUCCAGGCGCACCAUUCUGCAACAUUCCCCCUUAAAUUUCUUGCUGAUAAUACUUUUAACUGAACUAUAUAAGCCUUAUCUGAUUGGAUUGUAAUUAAUAGAAAUUGUACAAGGUAUUUUCCAUCUCAGUCUGGCAAUAGGGUCUUAAAGACAUAGGCAAACACUACUAUAAUUAGCUUCCUUAUCUAGUUGGCUUACUUAUUAAAUAUAUUAGCUUAUAGCUUAAAGA